AUGGGCGGGAAUCAGGACGAGCAGCACCGCCAACUGAACGCAGACGGGCGGCGGCGCAGCGAGCCGACCCUCAAGCGUCGUCGCAUCACAAAGGCUUGUGACUUUUGUCAUCGUAGAGGGAGGAAAUGCAAGCCCGUGCCAGAGGGGAGCGGGGUCGUAGCGGGCAACGCGAGCCCCGGCGGCACCCUCAGCUGUCUGACUUGCAUCGAACACGGCGCGACCUGCACCUGGAACCGCGUGGCGGCCAAGAGAGGCGUCAAGUCCAAGACGUCGCCAUCUUCUUCGGCAAACAACAAGCAGAGCCAAUCAUGCGACGACGGCGAAGCUUGCGGGUGGUUCUACGAUGAGAGCCGCCACGGAAGCCGAAGCCUUGUCUCACGUCUCGUCUCCAUAUUUUUUGACACAGUGUACCCCGUCUUCCCCUUCUUCGACGAGGUCUCCCUUAUAAGAGAAUGGGAGAACACCAGCUUGUCGGCGACCCGGGCCUCGUUUGCCCGCCUCAUGGCCAUCUGCGCCCUGAGCUCAUGUCACGUCCGGGACGGUGCCGUCUUCAACCCGGCCGUGCCGGCGCCACUCCGCCCCGAGCACCACCAGGCCUACAUGGAGGACGCCCAAAAGGCCAUCCCGGAAACCAACCGCGAAAUCGGGAGCUUUGACGUCUUUGACUAUCUCCAGGUCCUCGGCACCUUGUCCCUGGCUGCAACGCAGCUCAAGGACGACCCUCUCUUCCAUGAAUGCAUGGGUCGCUAUCACACCCUCGUGGCCCAGCACACAUUUCAAUUCGAGGCUCGCUGGCCCUCGCAUCUCACCUACCCGGAGAAGCAUGUGCGGCGCCAGUUCUUCUGGUCCAUGUACCGCCUGGAAGUCCAUGCGGCCCUCAUUGACGGCCACGUCGUACGCUGUCCGGAACUGCAGUGCGCCGUCGCGUACCCGCAGCAAGUCGACGGCUUGGCCGGCAUCAUCGACGCUUCGGGACAGACGGAGAAGACGAGAUUCCGCCACGGCAGCUGGCUGACCGGCUGGAACUACAUUACCGACCUGUACCGCGUGCUGGAGCACGUCAUCGUGCGGAUGCGCAAGGACCGGCUCAAGGCUCUGGACAGGGGCCCGAUCGAACACGAGCCGCUGAUGCCCCCGAUUGACAAGCUGCUAGAGAAGGUCCUGGAGAAGAAGGGCAACCUACCGCCGUACGCGACACUUGCCUUCCCCGCAUCCCACGAUGUCGAAGCAAACUUGUGUGGUUUUCAGGUCGCCAACAUUGCUUGCACCUUUCAGCUACUUCGCAUGGCCGCGUUUGCUUGCCACAACAAAUUCGAAGAGGCUUGCGAGGCCGCUCUGGAGUUGAUACAAGAAAUCACUUCCGUGCCUGUGGAAUACUUGCGCGCAAUAGGUUAUCCCAUGCUCCAAGAAUUGGCCGGCGUUGCUCACCUACUGAGCAGCUUCAUCACACGGCAGUUAUUUAACUGGCAGUAUUACAAGCUCCGCGAAGUCAUGUAG